AUGGCUGCAUCCAACGCUCCCCCGGAGAAUUGGAAAGAAUUCCUCAAAGCCCUAGAGGAAGAAAAGAGAGAGUCUAAUGCUAGGAUGGAGUUAUUGCAAGAUCAAGUUAGACAACUCUCAUUGAGACUAAGAAUCAAUCGAGGAGACCAAGAUAGAGAUCACUCGGAUGAAGAAAGCGAGCAUACCUUAUUCAAUUUUGAGCCAAGAAAUGCCGUUCCAAGAGGAGUCACCCAUCAUGGACACUCUAAUGAUAUCAAGGUUGAUAUCCCUGACUAUGAUGGUAGACUUGAUGCUGAUGGUUUCAUUGAGUGGCUAAGAACUGUGGAACGAGUUUUUGAUUACAAGCAAGUUCCCGAAGAAAAGAGGGUUAAACUUGUUGCAUUGAAGCUACGCAAGUACGCCUCUACUUGGUGGGCUAGUGUAUGCACCAAGAGAGAAAGGAUGGGCAAGGAGAAGGUGAGAACGUGGGAGAAAAUGAGGAAACUCCUCAAGCAAAAAUUUCUUCCUACAUACUAUGUCCAAGAGAACUUUGCUAAGUUCCACCAUUUGCAACAAGGAACUUCGAGUGUAGAGGACUAUGCUCGAGAAUUUGAAGCCUAUUUGAUGAAGUGUGAUGUGAGGGAGGAUGAACCACAAACUUUGGUUCGUUUCCUUGGAGGAUUGGAGCCUCAAAUAGCCAAUGUAGUGGAGCUCCACACCUACACUACAUUAGAGGAGUUAGUCUUAUUAGCCCAUAAGGUGGAACGCCAACACAAAGCUAAAGGCAAAGGUAAAUGGGAAGCCUCACGCACCUUUACCAAAACCACACCAUAUCCUAAGCCAACCUCUACAACUCAAAAGCCUAACCAACCUACCACUUAUACUCCUAAACCAAACACAAAACCCGACACUAUUCCUUCCUUAGGCAAGGCACCAAGGAGAUGUUAUAGGUGCCAAGGGCUAGGACACAUUGCAACUGAGUGUCCUAAUAAGAAGGUGAUCAGCCUUGCGGAAUAUGAAUCCUUGGAGGAUGUAAUUGCUGAUCAAGAAGAGGAGGAGGAAUCCGGAGAGGAGUAUGAAGAAGGACGAGUUGUUGGACCAGAUGAAGGUGAAUGCUUGGUAGUGAGACGCAACCUUAGUAGCCUACCUAUCCAAGCGGACCAACUCCAAAGAGAAGCUAUCUUUCACACUCGAUGCACCAUUGGAGGAAAGGUAUGUUCAUUGAUUAUAGAUGGUGGAAGUUGUACCAAUGUUGCUUCUCAAACUCUUGUAACUAAGCUGAAUUUAACAACCAACCCUCAUCCCGCACCUUAUAUAAUUCAAUGGCUUAAUCAAGGAAAAGGAUUACAUGUAACUUCACGAGUUUUACUUUCCUUUAGUAUUGGUCGAACAUAUGAAGAGGAGUUGUGGUGUGAUGUAAUUCCCAUGGACGCUUGUCAUGUGCUCCUUGGACGACCAUGGAUGUUUGAUAGAAGAGUGAAUCAUGAUGGUUAUAAAAACACUUAUUCCUUCACAAAAGAUCACAAAAGAAUCACCCUUACCCCUCUCACUCCCAAGCUACCCGACAAACAAAGCCAUCAAAACAAGAAAACCUUAUCCCUCACCACUUUGAUGAAAUCUGAUUAUCAAGAAUACAACUCAUUCAAGGAGUUGAUUUUGAGUGGCCUAGACGAAAUACCAGCACCACAAGAGCUGACACACCCUUUACUCACACCUCUACUUGAUCAAUAUGUUCAUGUCUUCCCACCACAAAUACCCCCUGGCCUACCUCCAAAACGUGACAUACAACAUAAAAUCGACCUUAUCCCCGGUGCUAGCCUUCCCAACAAACCAGCCUAUAGGACCAACCCUAAGGAAACCGAGGAGAUUAGGAGGCAAGUGGAGGAGUUGUUAUCUAAAGGAAUGAUUCGAGAGUCAUUAAGCCCUUGUGCUGUACCUACCUUACUUGUUCCAAAGAAGAAUGGAGAAUGGCGCAUGUGUGUUGAUAGUAGGGCCAUCAAUAAAAUCACCAUUAAGUAUCGUUUUCCUAUCCCUAGGUUAAAUGAUCUAUUGGAUGAUUUACAUGGUGCUAAGGUCUUCUCUAAAAUAGACCUAAGGAGUGGGUAUCAUCAAAUCCGAAUACAUGAAGGAGAUGAGUGGAAAACAGCCUUCAAAACAAAGGAGGGUUUGUAUGAAUGGCUAGUGAUGCCUUUUGGCUUGUCGAAUGCUCCAAGCAUUUCAUGCGGCUUAUGA